AUGCGCAAAGCAUAUAGUGGUAGUGGUGGUGGUGGAGGAGGUGGUGAAAAGAUAGAGGUUAAGGUGGUGGUGAGGAUGGUGGUUGUGGAAGUGGAGAUGAAGGUUGUGGUGGUGGUGGGGGUGGAGGAGGAGGAGGAGGAGGAUGUGGUGAUAGUGGCGGUGGUGGUGGUGGUUGUAGAGUUGGAUGUGAAGGUGGAGGUGAUGUCAUUUUAA